CUCAAUUGCAAGCGUAUUUUUCUGAUAACCUUUCUUCUUUUUGACUUAGCAUUCACUAAAACUUAGUAUCUGGUUUGAACUUUUGAGUCUGAUUAUCUUUGGUGUUCGCAGAUGAUAUUUGAUCUCACUGCAAAGAAACUUAUUAGUUAUGAGUCAAAUAAGUCCUCGGAGAACUUACGGGAAAACUUUGUCGCGUUCAUACAAGGAUUGAUCUCCUUUCCUAUGGACAUCCCUGGAACAGCUUAUCACAAAUGUUUAGUGGGUAGGAAAAGUGCAAUGAGAAUGCUCAAGAACAUGCUGCAGGAAAGACGAGCAGAGUCCCGGAAGCAGCCAAUUGAUUUUUUCGAUUACGUGCUUGAAGAACUUAAGAAAGAGGGAACAAUACUUACAGAGGGAAUUGCUUUGGACUUAAUGUUUGUGCUGCUUUUCGCUAGCUUUGAAACAACUUCCCUGGCUAUAACAUUAGCCAUGAAGUUUCUUACAGACCAUCCCCUUGUGCUAAAGCAAUUAACGGAAGAGCACGAGAUGAUUUUAAAGCAAAGGGAAAAUUCCGAUUCUGGACUCACGUGGAAAGAGUACAAAUCAAUGAAAUUCACGUUUCAGGUCAUCAGCGAAACAGUUAGGCUGGCAAAUAUAGUUCCAGGCAUCUUUCGAAAAGCAGUGAGGGAAAUAAAUUUUAAGGGAUAUACAAUUCCAGCAGGUUGGGCAGUUAUGGUUUGUCCACCAGCCGUACACUUAAACCCAGCCACAUACGAAAACCCAGUAGCCUUCAAUCCAUGGAGAUGGGAGGGCGUAGAAGUGUGCAAUGCAUCCAAACAUUUCAUGGCUUUUGGUGGUGGCAUGAGAUUUUGUGUUGGAACAGAAUUUACUAAAGUGCAGAUGGCUGUAUUUCUACACUGCUUGGUUACCAAGUGCAGGUGGGAACCAAUCAAAGGAGGAGAUAUAAUCCGAACGCCGGGUUUACAAUUUCCAAAUGGUUUUCAUGUGAAGAUAAUGGAGAAAGAAAAACAAGCCUGAAAAAAACACAUAAUUCUCAAGCUGCAAAGAGGGAUGGCAUUUUAACAUCACUAUAUUUGGUGAAUAUGUACAAAGAAGAAAAAGCAAUUUCCAUGGUCACUCUCCACAAAAUUUUAUGCUUCCAGUGCAAUUUUUUUUCUCCAUUUUUCAAUUGAGUGAAGGUGGAAGGAGAAAAAAAAAGAGAAAAAAAAAAAUAAGAACAAAUUAAACUAUUUAAGAGAUAUGGAUCCAACAAAGAAUGCAACUUAAUCAAAUGGAGAUAACUUGUAACAUUUUGUACGAAAAUGCUCCAGCAUGUUCUUUUUCUUUUUUUAUUCGAGUGAAAAAUGAGACCUACCUAUUGCAAUACCACGUAAAUGCCAAAGGGUAAGGCCUCGU